GAUUGUACACAAGCUGCGGCAUUUGUAUAUAUUUUUGGAAUACUCUGUAAACAAUAGUAUUUUGUAGUAAAAAAAAAGUGAAAUUUGACUUAUCUUUCAUAAUGGAUAUCACGAUGAAAAAUUUCAAGGAACAACUGCCUAUAAUCAGGAAAACCAUUCAAGAAGCGCAUUUUUUUGCUAUAGAUACAGAAUUUACGGGACUGACUUCGGAACGCAAUAUAUUUCCUUUCGAUACACCGGAAGAGGUGUACCUGAAAACGAUUGAGAAUUCUUCCGAUUUCGUGAUAAUUCAGUUGGGAUUAUGUGCUUUCCAAAUCGACCCAGAUGAUGGGAAAGUGUCUUACAAAUGCUUUAAUUUCUAUUGUUACCCAAAAGGCCGACUGAAUGUAUUCGGCUGUCAGGGCGAGAGUAUGCGAUUCCUGGCCGAAAAUGGAUUUGAUUUCAAUAAAUUGUUCCGUUACGGUUUGUCUUUCUGCGGCGAGGCAGACGAGGAACGCAUGCGAACGGAGCUGAGGGAACGUCAGGAACAACGUGCCGCGGCCUUGCAAGAGGACACACAAAAUGAUGAAAAUGGAAUACUAAAUAUGGUUCCUGUUCCACCGGCUGAAGAAAAAUUACUGGCAGACAUAACCGAAGGAAUCGAUAAUUUUUUGAAAGGCGAAGAAAAAACCUAUACCAUAACGAAUUGCAAUGGAUUUCAGCGCAAAUUGGUUUACCAAUUGAUAGAAUCGAAGUACAGUAAGCUCGUCUCGACGAGUUCGGUACCUUUGGCUAACAAUCAUAAGGGUAUUCUGAUAGAACGUAAACGAAGUAAAGAGGAAGAGCAGCAAUUUCAAGCAGAACGUGUCGUUCAGGAAAAUGAUGAUCUCGAUAGUAUUGUAGGUUUGUCACUUGUGUUACAGGAGUUAUCUAAAACGAAAAAGCUUAUCAUUGGUCACAAUAUGCUGUUGGAUCUGCUAUUUGUGAUUCGACAAUUUUUUCGACCAUUACCGCAUAACUAUCUUGAGUUUAAGAAAAUUGUUCGAGAACUUUUUCCAAUAUUGCUCGACACGAAGUACCUGUGCACGAAUGCAGAGCUUAAAGUACAUGUCAAUUCCUCCGUGUUGGGACAUGUGUUUGAAUCGGUUCAAAAAGAACCUUUUCAAAUGCCGCAGGUUACUUCAGGCUUCGAAGAACAUAAGUACGCAACAGAUGAUCAGAGACAACACGAAGCUGGAUAUGAUGCCUACUUAACGGGACUAUGCUUUCUUGGUCUGGUCAGUUAUUUCAAGGUGGAUUUGAAAAAUAUUCUGAAGGAUCCAACGCUCAAAGCUUAUUUCAAUAGGAUAUUUUUGCUGCGUGUCACUGAUGUAAACUAUAUCUACACUCACGGAAAAGAACCAUCUGUUUCGCGUGAACAUGUAUUUUAUAUAACUUUUCCGGAGAAUUGGCGAUCAACGGAUAUUCUGAUUCGUUUUCGGAAUUAUGGACAAGUUCAUAUUAAUUGGGUGAAUAAUUGCUCCGCCUUCGUUACACUACACAACCGAGAUUACGCUAGCCAUGUAAUCAAAACAAUAGACAAAUCUUCUGCCCAGUUUACGAUUUGCACGUUUAACCAAUUCAAGGCAAAACAGCAAUGUACUGGAGUUAAACGGCGAUACGAUAGUGGUAGUUACGACAGAUGGCAUUACAUCGGAAUUAAAACCCGAGAAGAAGAAAAAGCAUCGACGGUAGUAGUAGCACCCCCACCAGUAACGGCUGAAGAAGUGUCAGCGUUUAGUUCCGGCAAUCAACCCAAGAAGGCAAAGAAAGCAACGUUCACAGACAACGAUGACUGGUAGUAUGUAAGGACGAGUUUUACUUUAUUUUCAAAAUAUAAUGCUCAUGAUCUUUGACGCUGCUUAAGUUGUAGUA